AUGAAAUUAAUUUUUUACUCUAUAAAAUGUGUUAUUAUUUUGUGGUACAUAUCUGAGAUUUUUAUAAAAGCUAAUGUUAUUAAAAUAUUUAAAAAUAUAAGAUACUUUAUAUCCGUUAAAAACAAUAAAACGUUUAAAAUAAAAAAAAAAAUUAACUUACAUAAUACAAAGACUAUAAAAAUGAGUGAAAUGGAGCAUUCGUUUAUCGAUAUAGGAUCAAAUUUAGCAGAUAAAAUGUUCGAUGGAAUAUACAAUAAGAAAAAACAUGAAAAUGAUUUAAAAUAUGUUUUGAAUAGAGCCAAGUAUAAUAAUGUAGAGAAAAUCAUAAUAACAUGUACAUGUAUCGAAGAUAUUGAUAAAUCUUUAAACAUUUGCGAAACAUAUGACCCUAAAGGGGAAUUUCUUUUUUUAACUGCUGGAGUUCACCCUACAAGUUCCUAUGAAUUCGUAGAUAAAAAUAAAAUUGAGGAACAUAAUAUGAUAGCAAAAAAUGAAUUUGAAGAUUUUUUAAAAUAUUUUAAAAAUGAAUCCAAUAAAGAACAACAAGAAAUUAAUAACUUGGAAUGUGACAUAAAAAAUCAGGAUCUAAAAGUAGACAAAAAUACAUUAAAUGGUGAUUUAUAUAUUCCUGGAUUUGUAUAUAAUGAACAAGAUCAAAAUUAUUUAGAUAAAUUAAAAGAAAAAAUAGAAAAACAUAGCAAUAGAAUUGUAUGUAUAGGAGAAAUGGGAUUAGAUUUUGAUAGAUUACAUUUUUGUCCCAAAUAUAUUCAAAUUAAAUAUUUUAUAUAUCAAUUAAAAUUAGUUCAAAUGUUUAAAUUGCCAAUUUUUUUACAUAUGAGAAAUUGCUCAGAUACAUUUUUUGAAAUCUUAGAAAAAUAUAAACCUUUAAUUGAACAAGUUGGAGGAGUUAUUCACAGUUUUACAGAUAAAGAAGAAAUUAUUCAAAAAAUAACAAAUUAUAAAAACUUAUAUAUAGGAAUAAAUGGUUGUUCUUUAAAAACAGUUGAAAAUAUUAAUGCCGUUAAAAAAAUACCAAUGGAUCUUUUAUUAUUAGAAACAGAUGCUCCUUGGUGUGGUAUAAAAAAAACACAUGCUUCAUACCAUUAUAUUAAAGAUAAAUAUGAAAAAAGAAAUUACACAAACUUAAAGAAAAUUAAAAAUAUACUUCAAUGUGAUGAUACUAUUAUAUUUAAGGAUAGGAACGAGCCAUAUAAUAUUGUAGAUAUAGCCGAAAUAACAUAUAAAAUAAAAGGAGAAAACAUGUCAUUUAAUUCAUUUUGCCAAAAGGUAAGAUGCAAUACAGUAAAACUAUUUAAAAAGUUAAGGUAA